AUGGCCUUCUGCGAGGUGUCUCAGCAGCAGGUGUCUCAGCAGCAGGAGCCAGGCACUGCGGCCUACGCGGGGGACUUCGGAUUCAAGGUCCUCACUUCCAGCGACCCUGCGGAGAAGACUAAAAAGCUCAAUGCGGAAAUCGCCAACGGACGACUUGCCAUGAUGGCCAUCAUCGGCAUGUUCUUCCAGGAUGGUCUCACUGGCAGCGCCUGGGGAGAUUGGGCCAACUACACCGCAUCUCCCUUGCGAGCAUUCGAGAACGAGCUCGGAGUGCAGGCGCCCUUUGGCUUCUUUGAUCCCCUCGGCCUCACGAAGGACGGUGACGUGGAGGCCUUCAAGCGCCGCCGCACUACGGAGCUGAAGAACGGCCGCGUGGCAAUGUUGGCCACCAUGGGCUACAUCGUGCCGGAGUAUUUCCGCUUCCCAGGAUACUGCUCACCGACUGCCGGUUUGAAGUUCACCGACAUCCCGAACGGCCUGGCGGCGCUGAGCAAG